UGAGAAAAUUGCAAAGCUGAUGUCCUUCCUAACUGAUGAUUUGGCUAAAGUACCUUGCACUGGAAAUGCCGAAUUUUAUUUUCGCCUCCUGACCCCUAAACAAUUGUGGCCAACUACAACAUUCGGCUGGUUAUGGGAUGCGGUAAGCUUCGUAGCAUAACAUUUGACGCAGUUAACUAUGGUAUACUAAUGCCUGAUAGAUGUCACUCGUGUUGCAGCACAUGGUUACAUGUAUGCAUAUGUUCCGUAUUAGGGGGACGCAAACGCCAUCCCCAUAUAAAACAGAUCGUAUUGCUUUUCUCGAUCCUUUGUUUGUUAGUAUGUGGGCAUUCGAAUUCCCUAAAAUGGAAGCCUCUAAUCAAUGGGUUUUUGGAGAAGGUUAUUUUGAGACGUACGUGGGAAGGCUGCCAAAAUACGGAAUGACAAACAAGGUGUGGGUUGACGAUGUAGACACCCUGCUCUUCCCAUACAACCUCGAUAACAACCAUUGGGUAGCCAUCGAAGCUGACUUAGUCCAGCGGAGGCUAAGAGUUUACGAUAGCAUAAACAGCGGUAGAACCGACGAGAGUCUACAAAAGAAGUGCAAACCGUUCGCAAAAAUGAUCCCACGCUUGAUACAAGCAUAUAACCGGAGGUACAAAGAUGAGCAUAUCGGGGCGGCGGCAUUUAGUUACUACCGGGUGAAAACACUCCCACAGAACUAUCAACAAGGUGACUGUGGUGUGUACACGUUGAAGUGCUUAGAGUGUAUAGCUCUUGGAGUAAAUUACACAGGCCUAUGUGAUGCGGCCAUGCCUUCUAUUAGGAUGAAACUUGCUGCAGACGUGUUUGAUGAGGUCCCAGACCGAGACUGCUUUCUCCAACUAGAUGCUACGUCGGAGACAGUAGAUUAUCCGGAAGCUGAGUUCAACUCGGGAUCAAAAAGUUGAAGAGGUUCCAUGUACAUUACCGGAGCAGUAUGAUUUUGCAAAAUUGAAGAUUGGUUUUACGCGUGUUGCUAAUAGAAGAUGCGUGUUUGGUCAU